UCUCCGUGGACUUGGAGUACAGAUUGCUAGGCAAACACAGCCCGAGAUUCCGUAAGGUGAACAACAUGGAGGCGGAUAAGUUGCCCGUAAUUCACGAUCUUUCUGAGGUGCUUGAACCGCACUUCCCAGGGGCCCGUCUCCUUAGUUACCGGACGAGCAGCCUGACGCAACCGGGUGACAACUACGGAAGCGUUCUUAUGGCGAUCCAGGCCCAGCUGCAGCGAUCGGACGGGGAGCUGUUCGAGGAGCAGCUAGUGGCCAAGGUGCCACCGACUGACCCCAAGUACUGGCAGUUCUUUCAGCCCGAGCGGACCUGCCUCACUGAAAACGCCGUCUACAAGAUUUUGGCCCCUGCCCUGGCCAAUCUUCAAGAUGAAGCAGGCAUCCCCGCGGAGAGGCAGUUCAGCGGGUUCUCCCGCUAUUACGGCUCUCGCGUGUCCCUGGAUUCCGAUUCCUUAAAGGUGGAUCAGAAUGCCGUACUGGUGCUGGAGAACUUGCGGAGCAGCGGCUACGUUUCCGGGAAGAGGUUGAUAGCCUACGACCUGCCCCACACGCUUCUAGCCCUGAGAUACAUGGCUGAGUUCCACGCCCUUCCUCUGGCCCUACGACUUCUCAGGCCCGAGGUUUUCCGGGAUCGGGUUCGACCCUUCCUUGAAAAGUUUGAUUGGCAUGCCGCGGCGCCCGAGUGGAAGGCCGUAAUGAAGGCGGAGACCCUGGAGGACGUUCGACGAGCCACCGACAACGACGCCAAGCUGCUAGCCCGUGUAAAGGAGUUAUCAGAUCAGUUUUUCGAAUUCCUAUCCGCCGCCCCCGAGAGACCCGAUGGUCCCUUCACAAGCAUUAUCCACUGUGACUUCUGGAUAAAUAAUCUCAUGUUUCGUUACGGGCCAGCAGGAACACCCGUGGGGCUGAAAAUUAUCGACUUCCAAACGGCCCAGUACGAUUCCGUGGUGCAUGACAUAAUCUCGUUUUUGUUAUCAAGCGUUGAUACGGCUAUCUUGGAGAUACAAUUUGAACACAUGUUGGAAGUCUACUUCGAGGCUUUUGUGUGUUGUCUUCGCCGUGUGGGAGCUGAUUUGGAGGAUCACACCUUCGAGAAGUUCCGAGAGGAGGUGAAGCGGGUGGCGUAUAUUCAAGUUCCCCACGCCAUCUUCAUGACGCGCUUCAUUUUGGCCGACAGUGCGGUCAGCGAGUCAGAGGAAGACCGCCAGCUUUCGGAUGUUCUGAAGAAUUCGGGAUCGGAGCGCAUAGGCCGAAAACUAAGCAAAAUUUUGGACUUGGCUCAAAAGUUUGACAUUUUGUACUAGGGCAAUAAAU